CGGGCGGCCGGGCCAGACCCCCCCGGCGGCGGCGCGGGCGAGCGGCGAGUCCCCGGCGCCCCCCCGGCCGCGAGCCCCGCCCGCCCCCUCCCCUCCCCUCCCCUCCCCUCCCCCGGCCCGGCGGGCCGCGUCUCCCGGCCGGGCGCGGCGGCCAUGGCGGCGGACGCGGGGGCCGGGCCCGCGCCGCGCUGGCUGCGCGCGCUGGGGGAGCCGCUGGGCGCGGCGCAGCUGCGGCGGCUGGAGGCGCAUCGCUACUGCGCGGCGGGCGCGUCGCUGCUCGAGCCGCCGCUGCAGCGCUACUGGAACUGGCUGCUGCGCUGGGUGCCGCUCUGGGUGGCCCCCAACUCCAUCACGCUGCUGGGCCUCGCCGCCAACCUGCUCUCCACGCUCGUGCUCGUCGCCUACUGCCCCACGGCCACCGAGGAGGCACCGUACUGGGCAUACCUGCUGUGCGCCCUGGGCCUCUUCAUCUACCAGUCCCUGGAUGCCAUUGAUGGGAAGCAAGCCAGAAGGACAAAUUCAUGUUCUCCUCUAGGGGAACUUUUCGACCAUGGCUGUGACUCUCUUUCCACAGUGUUUAUGGCAGUUGGAGCCUCGCUUGCUGUUCGCCUCGGAACCCAUCUGGACUGGCUGUUUUUCUGCUCCUUUGUUGGGAUGUUCAUGUUUUACUGUGCUCACUGGCAGACGUACGUGUCGGGCGUGCUGAGGUUUGGGAAAGUGGAUGUCACUGAAAUUCAAAUAGCUUUAGUGAUGGUGUUUGUGCUGUCUGCGCUCGGAGGAGCAACCAUGUGGGACUAUACGAUACCUAUUCUAGAAAUAAAAUUGAAGAUUUUUCCAGUUCUUGGAGUAGUGGGUGGAGCAAUAUUUUCCUGUUCUAAUUAUUUCCAUGUUAUCCUCCAUGGUGGCGUUGGCAAGAAUGGAUCCACUAUUGCAGGCACCAGUGUCUUGUCACCUGGACUUCACAUAGGAAUUAUUAUUAUAUUGGCAAUAAUGAUCUAUAAAAAGUCAGUCACUAAUAUAUUUGAAAAACAUCCUUGUCUGUAUACCCUGAUGUUUGGAUGUGUCUUUGCUAAAGUCUCACAAAAAUUGGUGAUAGCGCACAUGACCAAAAGUGAACUGCAUCUUCAAGACACUGUCUUUCUUGGCCCAGGUCUUUUAUUCUUAGACCAGUAUUUUAAUAAUGUUGUAGACGAGUAUGUUGUGUUAUGGAUAGCAAUGGUUAUUUCUUCAUUUGAUAUGACCAUGUACUUUAGUGCUUUGUGCCUGCAAAUUUCAAGACACCUUCAUCUAAGUAUCUUCAAGACUUCGUGUUAUCAAGCACCUGAACAGGUUCAAGUUCUUUCUUCAAAGAGUCAUCAGAAUAACAUGGAUUGAAGAGACUUUCGAACACUUGCCAUCUCUUGCUGCUGCUGUUACAUGAAAGGAUAUUAAACAUGUUUAGUAUUUAGAUUAAGUGUUAAGACAUUUUCAGCAAAUAAAAUAUUUCAGUGCUUACAUUA